AUGUCCAAGUUCAAGAAAUGGGUGCGCCGAGUCCUGCCAUUCCCAUCUCAUAAUUCCCAAAGUUCCUCUUCACACCCAUCAGAACUCUCCAAGAGCGAUGACUGGCCCGUGGACCAGUGUCCCGUCCUCCCAGAAGAGCGACCGCGGCCCCUCACGGCCUCAAGCUCCAAUGAAUCACUGGUUCACUCUGCGGCGGGCUCCACGGCUUCCAGUCUCUUCUUCCGGCUACCGUACGAGGUACGCCGAAAGAUCCUGAUAGAGGCCUUUGGCGAACGUAUCUUGCAUAUAAACCUCACUUUUGGACACCCCAAGGUUGUCAUGGACAAGGAGGACAUAGAGGAGACAUACCGUGGCGAAAGUGCAUACCUCUUCCGCGAGGUUCCUCACUGUGGGCAUAAGAUCGCCCGGCCCGAUAGUCCUCGGCGGGUGAACGGAUACACCGAAGCGGUCGAGGUCCUCUACGGAACCAAUACCUUCCACAUAUCAAACAACCCCACUCUCCUCCGCCUCCUCCCCGAACUCCUCCUCCCCCAACGCCGAGAAGCCAUCCGAUCCGUCGAGCUAAAAUAUGACUUCUUCCGCAUCUACAGCCCCAUAGACCCGCCGAUGACCGCCGCAGCCCAAGAAGCUUGCGAUGCCAGGCUAAAAGCCUUCUGCUCCAUGAUCGACGCCGUCCCGAAAGCAUUCCCCUGCCUGCGCCAGCUCCACGUCAGCCCCCGAUUCGAGUGGUUCCACUACAGGAUGGACAGGGAAGAUUGCGUGGCGAGGUGGAAGGCGGACGUGUUUCCGCACUUGGCCGCGAUAGUGUCGCAGCUGGACGCGCUGGAGGAAUGCGUGGUGACCGUCGGGUAUUUGGUCGCCGAGGCGCUUGUGUCGGAGGCCUUGAUAGAGGGUCGGCCGUGGUGUCAUAAACAAUAUCGGGGAGUUGGUCGUCUUGAGACGGACGAUGGAGAUGGGCAGUGGGAGUACCGUGCGUGGAUGCCUGUUUCGAAGUGCGUGGAGGGUGUGGAGGGACAGGCGGCGGCGGAGGAGGAGGGGACGGGGAAGGGGUUUUGGACGGUGAUGGGGGAGCUGGAACUGGAUACUAAUGCUCCUGUUUGUUUUGCUUUUUGA